UAGACAAGAUGCGGUGACUGAGACGAAAUUCGCGGGAAACAUAACUGACUCCAAAAACGACGGUUAUGUCCAACGCCCAUUUUACAUUCUUCUUCAAACGGAAACUCUGAGUCAGGUUUGGAUUACAAAGAAGAACAACAGGAACAACUUCCUCCUCCUCCUUCUUCUUCUUCUUUCUCUAUACCAAAACAUUCUACUACACCUGUCCACACCUGUCUCCGAGUUUCCGUUAUCUCUUAAAUCCUAAAUCUUCCACCAUAAAUCAAUCACAAGAAACAUAAUAUAACGUACCGCUUCGGUUUUUGCUUUCUUGCAUUGCCAUGCAUACUCAUUUGAUUUUGUGAUUUCAUUCAUUUCUUUUUUCUUUUUUUUAUUCCUUUGGUUAAAUACAAUCUGGAUUUCUCCCACUGGACCCCAAAUCUAACUUGUCUCUUUGAAGUUCUCACAGAACUUCAUUGAGACAUCAUUUGGAAUUGUUCAUACGCAAAUAACAGGAGGAGGAGGAGUCAUUGCCCCACAGCUUUCAAGGUUUGUAAAGCCGCCGGAAUGGAACAGUUCCGGCACAUUGGAGAGACUCUUGGGAGUUUGAAAGCGCUUAUGGUAUUGCGAGAUGAAAUUCAAAUCAACCAACGGCAGUGCUGUUUGAUCCUUGAAAUGUUUAGCUUGGCGUUCGAGACGAUUGCAGAGGAGAUCAGGCAGAAUCUGAAGCUGGAAGAGAGAAGCAGCAAAUGGAAGCCUCUGGAGUUGCCUCUGAGAGAGCUUUGCAGGGUUUUCAAGGAAGCCGAGUUGUACAUCCGGCAAUGUUUGGAUUCCAAGGAGUGGUGGGGGAAAGCCAUCACCAUGUCUAACAAUUCUGACUGUGUUGAGUUCCAUAUCCACAAUCUCCUUUGCUGUUUCCCGGCCGUGAUCGAGGCCAUUGAGAAUGCAGGGGAGGCCUGUUGUCUUGAUCAGACCGAGAAGGAGAAGAAGAAGGUCAUGGUGUCAAGGAAAUAUGACAUGGAAUGGAAUGAUUCCAAGCUUUUCCAAUGGAGAUUUGGGAAGCAGUACUUGGUCUCUCGGGAGAUCAUCAGCCAGUUGGAGAAUGCAUGGAAGGAAGAUAGGUGGAGGCUUAUAGAAUCACUCAAGGAGAAGAAAACUACGUCGAAGAAGAACGAGCAGCGCCUCGCCGAGAUACUCUUGAAGAAGCUUGUAAAUGGAUCUGACAGCAAAACGAAUCAAGAUCUUUGGCCGAUCCACGUUCUCGUGGGAGCCAAGGAUUACCAAGUGAGGCGAAGAUUGGGAAAGGGGAAGGAGUAUAAGGAAGUGACUUGGCUUGGACAGAGUUUUGCAUUGAGGUACUUCAAUGGAGAGAAGCAAGCCUAUGAAGGUGAGAUUUCAAAAUUGUUAUGUCUUUCUCACCCCAACAUAUUGCAAUACCUUUGUGGAUUCUACGAUGAGGAGAAGAAAGAGUUUAAUCUUGUGAUGGAGUUGAUGAGCAAGGAUUUGUGGACCUACAUGAAGGAGAAUAGCGGUCCAAGGAGGCAGAUCUUGUUCUCAAUUCCAGUUGUGGUGGAUCUCAUGCUUCAAAUUGCAAGAGGCAUGGAGUAUCUCCACUCCAAGAAAAUCUACCAUGGAGAUCUUAACCCUUACGGUGUUCUACUCAAAGCAAGGAACUCCCAAGAAGGUUACUUCCAUGCAAAAGUCUCAGGAUUUGGCCUUCCUUCCCUGAGGAACCGCGAUCCAGCACAGAACCCCGAGGACCUGAACCCUAGCAUAUGGUAUGCUCCGGAAGUACUGCACGAGAUAGAAAAAGGAGGGAAGGUUUCUACCUCGUGCAAGUACUCGGAGAAAGCAGAUGCAUACAGCUUUGGAAUGAUUUGCUUUGAGUUGCUGACAGGGAAAGUCCCUUUCGAAGAUAACCACCUGCAAGGGGAGAGAACCACACAGAACAUCAAAGCAGGGGAGAGGCCUCUCUUCCCUGGUCGCUCCCCAAAAUACCUUGUUAGCUUAAUCAAGAAGUGUUGGCAAACCGAUCCUUCACAGCGUCCUACUUUCUCUUCUAUUUGUAGGAUCUUGCGUUACACCAAGAAGUUCCUCUCCACCAGUACUGAGUACUAUAUCAUUAAUCCCGAACUUAACAACCUUGAGCUUCAAUCUCCACCUGUUGAUUGCUGCGAUAUAGAGACCACUUUCCUUAAGAAUCUACCGGAGGAGAUGGCGCCACAUGUUUCCGCUGUUUCUCAAAUCCCUUACCAGAUCUAUGCUUACAAGGUUGUGGAGAAAGGCAAGAUCAGCCUCUUGAAUUCAAGAGAUAAAGGCAGCGAGACAGAGUUGCCAAAGGAAGAUUCUCCUCAAGGAAGCGAUGAAUUCAGCUUCGCUUUUGAAGAUGAUCAAGUUUCCGCGGCUGAACCCUUUCAGUUUAUAACUUCUCCCAAGUCAGUUCAUGGCGGCGAAACACCGUCUUUUUUCUCCGAAGCACCGGCGAAGAAGACUGUUAGAAUAAAGAGCCCAGUGCGAAAACUUGACAAGCUCAAGAAAGACCAAGGAGCGAAAUCAAUGCCGGCAUCUCGCAUUACUUUAAAGGCAAGUAAGGCAUAUCUGGCGUCACCGGCAGCUAGUCCAUUGCACCCUGCACUCAGAAAAAAACCAACACAAGUCUCAGAGACAGAGCGCAACACUUCUAAGAACAACAAAGCUGUGACCACUACUCCUUCGACCCCAAUAAGGAGAAGAAAAUGCGAAGGGCAACACGUGCCAGAAUUCAUGGGAAGCCCGAGGGUGAAACCAAGGGAUCAGUCACCAUUAAUGGCUAACAAGCUGAAGAAGACACCGCUGACAAUGACCCCAGGAAGGAUGAUCACACGUACAAGCGACGCGCAUUUGAUACUGCAGAAGAGGCUCUUGAUGGGUUCAAGCACAAGCAAAGGAGGAAGAUGGGACCAUGGAACUGAACACAGGACAUCGCUGUCAUCAUUGGCAUUGAGUCCUUUGAGUCCAUAUGUGAUGAGAAGAAGAAGAUCAACGGCGACAGCAGCAACAUCAUGUGGCCACGCCUCUGACUCAGAGAGCACUUGUUCUAAGCACAAAAGAGAGAGCAUAUCACCAUUCGCAAUGAGUCCUUUGAGCCCCUACGCUUCCAGAACAACAGCCUGUGGCCAUGUCUCCGAUUAAUUAAGAAACACCCGCCAAAAACCAUUAUUUGUUCUCCUGAUUUUUUUUGCCACCGGAAAAAGAGAUAACAAAAUCAAAAUCAAAAUCAAAACAAAAACUAAUUAAAUUCAUUUGUGUGGGCGCCAAGUAAGUCAAAGAAAAGAAAGAAGCAAUGUACAGAAUUUUUUAUUUUUUAUUUUUUUUAUUUGUCAAGGUUAGAAGCCGAGUUUCGUGCUUGGUUUUAUUGUUUGCUGUCUUUCACAGAAUUCCGUUUUUCAUUUAGGACUCUAGCUUUUAGCAGCUUAAUUUUUGGGUGGAUGAAUGGGUUAUCUCAUAAUUUGAUGUAUUUCUUUUUACUUUCUUUCAAAAAUUUAAUAUUAAGAUGUUAAAC